AUGGGCAGUGCCAGCCCGGGCCUCAGCGGGGCCCCCAGCCGCCUCCUCCUGCCCCCCGACACGGCGCUGCGGACAGGCCUGGAGAAGGUGGUGGCCCCGGCGGGCCCUGAGCGGCAGGACUGGAGCCCCAGCCCGCCGGGCACCCCGGAGCCGGGCCUCUCGGCCUUCUACCUCUCCUACUUCGACAUGCUGUGCCCCGACCCCGGGAGCUGGGCGCCCAAGGGCCCCACGGCCAGCGGCGGCCGCGAGGAGCGGCCCGAGGAACCCGAGCAGUGCCCGGUCAUCGACAGCCAAGCCCCCGGGGGCAGCCUGGACCUGGCGCCGGGCACGCUGGCGCUGGAGGAGCAGUCGCUGGAGCAGGUGCAGACCAUGGUGGUGGGGGAGGUGCUCAAGGACAUCGAGACGGCCUGCAAGCUGCUCAACAUCACGGCAGACCCCGUGGACUGGAGUCCUGGCAAUGUGCAGAAGUGGCUCCUGUGGACUGAGCACCAGUACCGGCUGCCCCCCGUGGGCAAGGCCUUCCAGGAACUGGGGGGCAAGGAGCUGUGCGCCAUGUCGGAGGAGCAGUUCCGCCAGCGCUCGCCCCUGGGCGGGGACGUGCUGCACGCCCACCUGGACAUCUGGAAAUCAGCUGCCUGGAUGAAAGAAAGGACUUCGCCGGGGGCCAUGCACUACUGUGCCUCUGCAGUGGAGGAGAGCUGGACGGACAGCGAGGUGGACUCGUCGUGCUCCGGGCAGCCCAUCCACCUGUGGCAGUUCCUCAAGGAGCUGCUGCUAAAACCCCACAGCUACGGCCGCUUCAUCCGGUGGCUCAACAAGGAGAAGGGUAUCUUCAAAAUCGAGGACUCGGCCCAGGUGGCGCGGCUCUGGGGUAUCCGCAAGAACCGCCCCGCCAUGAACUACGACAAGCUGAGCCGCUCCAUCCGCCAGUAUUACAAGAAGGGCAUCAUCCGCAAGCCCGACAUUUCCCAGCGCCUGGUCUACCAGUUCGUGCACCCCAUCUGA